CAGGUUGGUUGGUGCUUCAGCGUUCCGAACCCUGAGAUCCCCAAUUUUCCCGUGGAGCCAUACCUAGAACAAAUCAAAUCGGAGAUGGACGCGUUCAGACCUCAUGUCAUUGUGGGUGCCUCCAAAGGUGGCGUGUACAUCAUCGGCCUGUGGCGACGUGGCUAUUGGAGAGGGCCGACGGUGCUCAUCAAUGCGCAUCCAACUUGUCGUCAAUUGCCACAGGAAUCGAAUGUUGCGAUUGCUGUGGGCUCCAAUGACGAGGUGUAUCCCAUCAGUCGACAUGACUUGGAGGCGAUGUUGAACACGGGUGGCAUGAACAAGACCUUCCUCUACUUCACCUGCGACAGUGGUCGCUUACCCUCCGGGCAGAUCAGUCGCCAAGGGGACACCCACAAUCAGGAGUCCCUGCUGCACCAUGACGUGCUGCCGCGGCUCAUUGACUCAGUGCUGUGUCCGGAGGGGCCGGAGAUGCACUUCAUUCGCACCUGGAAAGAGAGGCUGUCAAUAGAGCGCAACAAUGCUGAGCUGUGGCUAGGCUUCAGCCCUGAGCAGAUCAUGCGACUCUGGUCCACCAACGGCCAUGGGCAACAUCUCUUCGAUGUUCAUCCGGGGACUGAGGAGUAUCGCAUGGUCUCAGCUUGUUUCAAGGCAUUACCCAUGGAACAGCAAGCCUACAUUCUCUCACCACCUGAGACAUGGUAUCCCGUGCGAGCGCUGCGCAUUCAACGUGUGGAGAACGGGCCGCAGGGGGAUGCCUCCUGGAAGCCGUACUACAAAUCCCUGGUGAGGUCUUUGGAAGAUCAGGGUGUGGAGUUUGAAGCCGGAACGCACACGUGCUGGGCAUUCCAUGGCUGCAACAAUGAAGCCCUGGAGUCCAUCAUCAACAAUCCGCUCUCCGGAUUCCAACCACUGGCCUCAGGCAGCCGCAGCACAACGCUGUGGGGCUCCGGGACGUAUUUUGCCCGAGAUGCCAAGUACGUGGCGGACGGCGGCUUUUGUGGCACACCAGAUAUGAACGGCAGUCGCAGGAUGUUGAUGUGCUUGCUGAUCAUGGGAAUGCCAUGCCUGGGGGAUCCCAGUCACAAGGGCGUCCUUCCUUUCCGCCACAAGCCUCCGCAUCGAUAUCACAGCUCAGUGGAUUGUUUGGCAAGUCCAGAGGUUAUGGUGAUCCAGCAAUCUGGUGCAGCCAUGCCUGCUUAUGUCAUCACCUUUGCCUGAUCCGGGCAAGUGUUGUCUUUCCGUCCAAGUCGCGCGGUGUGCGUUCCGUUGCCGACCUGAGAUGAGGACAUGGGUGUGUCCCACGCGGGGAAGUGCUGAAGCAAUCUAUCCAAUCGAAAAGCCAC